AUCUAAGCGGCUGUGAGCUCUCUGCGUCCCCUGGCGGGCCGCCGCUGAGGGGUGGCCGCCGGCUCGCCGCGCCUGGCUUCCUCGGGUCCGCCGCUGGGUCGGUGCCUGCCCCGGCGGCGGAGGUGGCGAAUCUGCCGGGCUCGUCCUACUGCUAGCGCAGUUUGCGCGGUUGUCAGGGAGAAACAAGAUGGCGGCCGCAGCUACGGAGGAGGACACGGAGCUGCGGGACCUGCUGGUGCAGACGCUGGAGAGCAGCGGGGUGCUCAAUAAGAUUAAGGCAGAGUUGCGCGCAGCUGUUUUUUUGGCACUAGAAGAACAAGAGAAAGUAGAGAACAAAACACCUCUUGUAAAUGAAAGCUUGAAAAGUUUUUUAGGUACGAAAGAUGGUCGCUUGGUAGCAGGUCUUGUUGCAGAAUUUCUACGUUUUUUCAAUCUCGAUUUUACAUUGGCUGUUUUUCAGCCUGAAUCAAGCACACUAAAUGGCCUUGAUGAUCGAGAAAACUUAGCUCAAGAUUUGGGAAUUGGAGAGCCAGAAGGUACUGCGAGUGGUCCCCUGUUGUUGGAGCUUGUUAGAAAAUGUCAGCGGAAAAAGAUUUCAGGCAGUGGAGAAGGUCCAGUUCUAAGUGACAGCCUGUGCCCCACAUCGAAAUCAUCUGGUGCAAGAUCAAGUACACAACCUAUACCAAAUAAGGUGACUGAAACCACUCAAAGUGACACAAGUAUCUCAUCAGGGGAAGCAAGCAAAAGAAGUAUUCAUUUUCUGCCUAAUGAAACAAAACUAGAUCCUCAACUAGAAAACAAAGACUUAAAUACCAAAGAAAAAAGUGAUCCAGAUGUGGAUGAAGAUGAUGUAGAGGGAGAUUCUUUUUUCGAUGAUCCUAUACCCAAGCCAGAAAGAACUUACGGCUGGAAAAUGGAAGCUAAUAAAGCAGGAGGUCUAGCAUCCCUUUCUGAUGCACCACCUCUUAAAAGCGGGUUAAGCUCCCUGACUGGUGCACCUUCACUAAAGGAGUCCGAAAAUUUGAAUAGAAACUCUGUUUUGAAAGACCUGCAGUUGGUGAAUGCAAAACUGGGAUCUCUAGAAUUAGGAAAUGGAGAUGACGAUGAGUAUGCUGAUGACUUCAACAGUGCUAGUCAUCGGUCAGAAAAAAGUGAUAUCAGUAUUGGUGAAGAAAUAGAUGAAAUUUCUGUGGAAACAGAAGCGUCGAAUGCCAGUGAUAAACUUGAAGGCAUCACACAAGACCUUACCAUUUCCCAGCUAAGUGAUGUUGCAGAUUAUCUGGAAGAUAUGGCAUAGAACUGAACAGCAAAAAUGUUUCGUUGUGCUGGACUAGAAGACUGUUGUGGACUGUUAAUUUCAGACAAUCACUUUUUGCUGGAAUGUCCACUCCCUAUUUGUGCCUUGUAUUUCAAAAAGACUGUAGGUGGAGAAGGCUUUUAAAUAUUCAUAACAAGAACUAAAUGAAAUACUGCAUUCUCAUUGGAGUCUGAUAUCAGAAUUCCUCCGUUUGGUUCAGCAAAACCUUUUGCAGCAGGAGGUGGAUUUUUCCAAGCAGAAUGUCCAUUGCUGGCAGUGGGCAUAGUAAAAACAUCUACAGAGAGGCAUGUGGCUUUAUAAUGAACUUGCACUGUUAUUGUAACAGUCCAAAUUUUUUUUUUGGAGAUAACCAAAGCAAGAACCUUCAGACACAGUGGUUCAACUCACAUCUUUUAACACAAUUUUGUCAAUUCAGCAUACAGUACAUAUUGAUGGUAACUAGCCACAAUACCUAAUUGCUCCAGACUUACUUGAAACUGCUGUUUUUCAGACUCUUCUGAAAGUUGGACUUUUUUUUUUUUUUUUUAAAGGCGUAUCGAUUUGAGAGUAUCUAAACUCUCAAACCUAAAUUUAGGAGCUACCUUUAGCACUAGUCUUAACUCUGAAUAUUCUUGUUUAGAUAUAUUUGUCAGACCAUUGAUGUUAAGACGGUUUUAAUGUUAAGCUGUUUUUAUAUAUAAUAAUUUCAUUGAUGUUAUCUGUUGUUAAAUCACAAAGACUAAUUUUGUAAGGAUCCACAAAUCAUUAACUAAAUCUUAUUGAUUUUUGUUAAGUUUUUAACAGUGUGGUAGUGGUUUGUGGAACUUGUAUUAAUGAGGGCUCUUCAAGUGCUGUACGCUCACUUUCAUUCUUGAAAAUCCUUGUUAUGUAAAAAUGAGCGCCAAAAAGUGAAACCACUAACCUUAUGUUUUGCAGAUUCUGACUGCUGUACAGAAUUAAAUCCAAAUAUUUAAAACUACCAUACUGAAGACAUUAUGAACAGUAAAUUCUAGAGAAGAGCAAAUUCUUGUUAUUUUCACUAUACUCUUGCAAAACAGAGUCAGUAAUGGAAAUGUUGACAGUUCUUCAAUGAUACUGUUGCACAUGGCGCUGCUAUAAUUAUAGGUCAUGGACAUUUGUAAUAUUGAAACCAGACUUCAAAAUGUGCACUUUCUGAACAUUGUGAACACGUUUGGAAAAUAUACAUGUAAGUUAAUAGAAAUAACUUCAUUAUAUUGUUUUUUAGGCUUUAAUUUUUUUUCAGGAAUGCUGUUGGCCUCUCAUCACUGGUCACCACAGUGGAAAUAGCAUGCUAAACUAAAGCCACUGGUUAAGCAUAUGGAGCUUCAACUAGCAUUGGAUGCUGACUUAAAUUGUUUUUUGCACUGGACCAGCAGGCAUGGAGCAGUGCUGGGGAGUUAGGCUUGUACAGUACAUAAACAAUUCACGAGGAGAGAGGAAAAGUGUGCCUUUUAUUUAUGUGCUCCCCAAAAUAGCCAGCAAAAAGAAGAAUCAGAAUAUUUAGUCAUGGUGUUAACUUCUAACUUUGUGCCAUGUUGUAGCAGCUGAACACAGAGGAGAAUGUUUUUUCCACCCCAAAAAGUCAAUGUGCCAUAGACUUCAAAUAGUAACAAUGGUGUAACAAAUGAAACAUCCUGUGUAAAAAUUCCUUUAUGGGAAGCUGUGCCUCAAAACACUAUAUAUGAAAAGUUUAGUUUGGGCUUUUUUCUUUUUUUUUUUUUUCCCUUUUUGAAGAGGAGCAACAGCAUGUCUGAAGGAAAUAAAACUCCACUUGAAUGCUUGGGAACAAUUGAUUUCUGGCAUUAAUUUUUAAAGUGUAUGAAAUAAUGUAGAGACAAUGUUGUUUGGUUUUUUACAUGUCUUGGGAAAACACGAUGUUCUGUUACCUAUCAGCUGUAGGAUAUGUUGCAAUUUAUCAUACCAAAAGAAGCAAAAACUUUAUUAAAUUAUUUCUAAUUGUA